GUGGGGUAUUGCAUUGAAAUCCACAAAAACUAACCAAUCCAUGAGCUUCUCUUUUUAACCAUUAACCACACAUUUCAUCUUUUCUUGAUUUCUCCUUGGUUCUUGGCCUAACUACUAGUACACUUUUCCAAGAAUUCAUUUUUUUUGUUUUGAUGAACAAGAAUCUAGAUUGAAAAGGGGACAACCCCACUUGUCUAAUAUAUACUAUCUCAAUCAUCCUUCCUUUUCUUCUUCAUCCAUCUCCAUAUUUUCCUUUCUUGUUCUUUCUUUCAUAUACCUAGAUUUGGUUUUCAAAAUACCCCUUUGAUUUUUCCAAGAAAAGAGCUUGGUGCACAAAAAGUUGGCAUUUUGAUUAAAAGGGGUCUUUGUAUCUGGACUCAUCUCCUUUUUUUUCAUUAUUGGGGGAUUUUUCCAGGUGUCAGAGGCCCAUAUCAGAUCUGUGUACAAAAAAAAUCCAUUCUUUAAUGUGCAUAUGAACACUAAUGGAUUCUUAAUGUGGGAAUAUCCAUUUUAGAACAACCUUCUGUUUGUAUGUACAUAAAUAGAGGAUAACCUUCCACUUUCCCCAUUUGCUCGUGUCUAAAUUUAUGUGAACAAAAUUAUCCAUUGUUUCCAUUUUUUUCCUCAUAAGGGUAAAGGGUGUGUGUAUAUAGUAAUAGAGUUUAUUUAGUCAAUCUUGUUAGAGUUUUGACGAGGCCCACAGUUUGUUUUGGUGGGCUUCGUCAAGCUAAUAGAAGUAUAAUAUCUGUAUUUUGGUAAGAAAGGGGAGAGGGUAUUAGUUUAGUUUUAUAUAAUUGUUACAGGAGAAAGAGUAAAAAAAAAUGAGUUGAGUUUCUACUUAUUUUACUAACCUUGCUUUUAACAUAAUUGGUCACCUAACUUUUGAUCUUUUUCCCCACAUGAUUUAUGAACUUUUUUCAACUUUAACAAAUGCUUUUCUUAUUGAUAACUUGCUUUACUUUCAUUACUUUCCUUUGUAAGUCUCUUUCCCUUAAGCCACUUCCCUUAUGGAGUAGUUCUGAGGUGAGAUUGUUAUCAAUAUGGUUUUGGAAUGAUUUCUUGAUUUUGAACCCUUUCAAGGAAGGAUUUUUAGAAUCUUUAAUGUCCUCAAAUGUGAUGACACUGAGGAGGAAGAGUUUCAGCUGUAGAGUAGAGAAUGUUGAGACAAAUUCAGAAAUGUCUGUGUUGGAUUUGCCUGAAUUGGUUUUGGAAUGUAUUCUUGAGAGGCUCCCACCUGAGGGACUUUAUAGUAUGGCAAGUGUUUGUAGUUCUUUGAGGGAGAAAUGCACAAGUAAAUAUCUUUGGGAAAAGCAUAUGAAAGAAAAAUGGGGCAGAGUUCUUGGCCCUGCUGCUCAUAGAGAGUGGUUGUGGCAUAUUUCUUCAAGAAAUGAUUCAAGUUUCUUUAAUCAGGCCAAAGAAAGAGGUUUAAUGACUUACCUCUCCCAGUUUUGGCCUAUUUCAUUAGUUAGAUCUAAUCCUAGCACUAGUUUCAAGAAAAAGGUUCCCCCAGCUAUUGAUUCAAUCAUGUCUAUGUAUCUUGCUCUUGAAUCUGGAAAGUUUUGGUUCCCUGCUCAAGUCUACAAUCGCGAGAAUGGGCAUGUUGGUUUUAUGCUAUCUUGCUAUGAUGCUGAGCUUAGCUAUAGUCGAAGAACGGACACUUUCCAGGCCAGAUAUCCUCCACAUGGAAGGAGGGCAAUGGCAAUAGAGACAGGUGUAACAUUGGAUAGAUUAAGAGUUCCCCCUCUUGAUACCUCUCCACAUGAUCUUUAUAUCUCUGAUUGCUUGACUGAAUUAUGCCCUGGUGACCACAUUGAGAUUCAAUGGAGAAGAAACAAAGAAUUCCCUUAUGGCUGGUGGUAUGGUGUUGUAGGCCACUUGGAAACGUGUGAUGGAAAUGAGUAUUACUGCCGCUGUCAUGAAAGUGAUACUGUAGUGCUAGAGUUCAAGCAGUAUACUCAUGGAUCGCGGUGGAGGACAACACACAUUGAUAGGAAAGAUCAUCGCGAGGAAGGGAAUGAGGCUGAUGGAUUUUAUGGAGGAAUCCGUAAACUUCAUAGCAAUGAAGAGAUUUCUAUGUGGAGACGCCUGUGGCCAUCCGAUGUCUUGGAGUAAGUUGCAAGCUCACCAUUGUUGGCAAAAACCUCAUUUGUUCCUUCAGAAUGUGAGGAAGUUACACCUGAACUUGGAAGUUAGCCAUUUUCAGUAUACCACUUCCACUUCUAUUGUUUUGUGAUCAGUGGGGGAGUUAUUUCGACACUGAUCCUAAUUGUUUGUAAAAUGAUUACCACGUUUACAGAUCGAUUUGUUUAGUAAAAUCUAUUAAAUCUCUAGUUUAGCUUCUUGUACUAAGGAAUUAGAUUGUUGAUCCACCUUUUAUGGUUUCUGUUGAUCAAUGAAAGGACAGAAGCUUGGUUAUUGAAAUACUUAAUAAGUUUAUGUUCUAAAAUAA